CCCGCUGUGGUGGUGGCAGUGCGCUGCGCGGUGCGGCUGUAGGAUGGCGCUGCUCUCCCUGCUGCUGCCUCUGCUCUCCCUGCUGCCCGGGACCGGAGCCACCAACCGGCACGCCGUGCACUGGAACAGCUCCAACUACCAUUUACGGCGAGAUGGUUACACGGUUCAGGUGAAUGUGAACGACUACCUAGACAUUUACUGUCCACAUUACAAUGAGACCAUGGCGGAGCACAGGAUGGAGCAGUAUAUUCUCUACAUGGUGAAUUACGAGGGCUACCGCACCUGCGACAUCAACCAGGGCUCCAAACGCUGGGAGUGUAAGCGGCCCCAUUCCCCGCACAGCCCCAUCAAGUUCUCCGAGAAGUUCCAGCGAUACAGCGCCUUCUCCUUGGGAUUCGAGUUCCACGCGGGACAUGAGUACUACUAUAUCUCAACGCCGACCCACAACCACAGGCGCUCGUGCCUGAAAAUGAAGGUGUAUGUGUGCUGCGCCACCACGGCUCACUCAGGAGAAAAGCACGACCCCACACUGCCCCAAUUCACUAUAGAGCCUGAAGUGAAGAUUGAGGAUCUUGGUAACUUUAAUCCAGAGAUCCCCAAAUUGGAGAAAAGCAUAAGCGGGACGAGCCCAAAGCGGGAACAUUUACAUUUGACUGUUGCGGUGUCUCUGCUCCUCAUGACGCUCUUGGCGUCUUAGUUUUCCUGUGUUAGGACCGGAGACCUCAGAGCUGGAUACUAACGCAAGUAAAAAAACAGCAGUAAAAAUUCAGCAAGGACUGCGCAGGUUGGGUCGUGGCUGGAGGGAGCGUCGGUGUCCUCCAUAUUUUUUUUUUUUAUUUACAAAGACUCAACCUGCGGCACUAAAAACAUAACCAAGACACCAGUGGACACUGUCGAGGUCACGGUCAAGUGAUUUCAUCAAUAAUAUCAGUGAACUGGGGCCAAAACUGGACCAAGAAGCUGCCGCCAAGAGCUUGUGAUGGCGCAGGAGACUGCUCAGCCCCAAUGUAGACAUGGCAGCCAUAACUAUGGGCUGUUAUUACUUGAGUGCCUACGCCCGCAAGGUUCCUGCAAGGACAGGACGCACUCGGAGUGCAGGACCUUGGGGUGACAAGAGACUAUCGUGUUAGUCAGCCUUACCAUCCCUGAGUUGGUUCCCUCCAUUUCUCAUGAGCCUGGAUACGUGUUGCCCUGUGGUACAUCGAUCCUUUCUGUAUCCCAUCUCACUUGGAUUACCGCCAGCAUCAUUGAUUUACUACACUGGGUGCGUUUGUGCACAGUAGCAGAACCCUAUAAAUACCAAAUGUCCCACUCUACCCCUUCUGGUGCCAAUUGUGUACUACUCGCCCCAUAGUCCAUCUUAUAUCAAACCCAAUGCAAUGGAUGAUGGGACUGCGAGUGCUAAUACCGGUUUUUCUGUCGGGGUGGGGGUUACCAGCCAUCGAUUGUGGACACGGCUUCUUCUGGAUACCCAGGAUUAGGAAUAGGUCCUGGUAUUUUCUGAACCUUCACUGAACCCAACAUUCCCGUACAACAGAUGUAGCAGAGCCUGGACGCGGUAGACCAAGCACGUCCUCGUCACGGAUAAAUGAGGAGUAAUGGCUUCCCACCGCUCUUCUAAUAGUUAUAUAUGUGAUAUAGGAGGAAAUUGCACUAAAUUACCCUAGACACAACCUCCCAAUGUUGGGGUCAUCCACGACUCCAUGGUAAAUACAUGAGACCCCAGAAAAUCUGUCAUGAAGUGGAACCGGGGAGCGAUGGGGAAGCAGCAUGUGCCGGACCCCACAGUACAGAUCCCGGAGGGCGUCAGCAAACAGCAUGCAGGAGACAGAACGGCGUUUGUAUAUACAUAUCUAUCUAUAUUGUAUGUAUACCGUCCCCGCGAUGGUGGAUACGUGGCUGUAAAUAGAUUCCAGUGGUUCCUCUGUUGUCUUCUAUGAAGGCCUCUCCACCUAUGCAAUGCACAGACACUUUUCAGAGAAUAAAUAUCAGACUGACCUUUUUAUCCACGGCAUCGGCUGUGAUUUUCAUAUUAUGCUGUUAACCUAGAAAACCAAUAAAAGAACAAAAUUUA